CUCCAUGAAACGUCUAGCAGCUCGCAUACAAUCAACUUGGCUCAGUGUAGUUAUCACUAUGACAUGUAACUCCUUCUCUUCCACCAUAGUCCGAGGGAAAACUAUAGUAUCGCUGGCUAGCUUUUCAAGUAGAAGGCUGGACGAGUUAAAGAAAUACUAUAGUGCAGAGGAAGGUGCUCUCGAUAGCAUUCCUUUAGCUGUAGCGGGUGAUCAGCCCAUGACAGAUGGGUUGGACUUCCACGUGAUCAGCAUCAUCAUCCUUUUACCUGCGGGUUUCAUGGUGAGAUGUCUCCGUCUUUUUCCAUUCCAUGUCAGAAAACAUCCAAGCAAUCUACGUUCGUAAUUCAGAAAAUCGAGAGAAACCCAAGCCGCAUACCGUCUACCGUAUAGAGAUCCACGCCGCUGUACGGUCGUGGUCGAUCUGGAAGCGAUUCUCCGAGUUUGAAAAGUUCCAUAGCCAACUGAUCGCUCAGUUCCCUAAGCAUCCUCCACCCAAUAGCUUGCCGCCCAAGCACUGGUUCACGAGUACGUACGGCAACCCGGAUAAAAUCGAGGAAAGACGAAGGGGGCUGGAUGCUUAUCUCCGGGGCAUCAUGUCCAGUCGAGACGACCGUUGGCGGCAAACCGAUGUGUGGCGGGAGUUUCUUUCCAUCCCCACCGGCCGCCCACUGGACGCGUCGUCCAUGUACACUUCGGAAAGCUGGUUAGAUGAGUUCCGUGAAAUGCAGACCAGUGCUCGUGAGGUGCGAUCGUUGAUCAAUAAGCGAGAAACCCAUAUUGCUCGAAACGAAAUCUCAGCGUCCCAUAACUGCACCAUGCAAGCGAAGAAACUCCUGACCGUGCUGUCGUCUCGCCUGUCUGAUUUGGAUUCCGGUCUGACCGGUCUGGCCCAUGGUUCUUCAGGCGAAAGUUUGAUGACCGAAGGUGAAUUGCGUCGACGUCAAGAUCUGUUGAGCGGUCUCAAGGAUGAACGAGAUACCCUGGCUCGUUUGGCCAGUGCCGCUCGAAGCGACGUCAUGAUGCCAUCCGAUGCUAAGCCCGCCAAGGCCGGAGAUCGUCGUGCCUUACUCAAAUCCACCGCCGACCCGCAAGCUCGUGAUCCAGGCAACACCAACGGCCAGCCCGCCAUUGUCAGCAAUCGAGUGUUUGGCAAUGCUCGACGACAGCAAGGCCGAGAGACAGAACAAACCCGCGGUGUCGACAAUGAAGGGUUAUUGAAGUUGCAACAGCAGAUGAUGGAUGACCAAGACUCUCAGGUCGAACAGUUCAGUUCCAUUCUCAACCGUCAACGUCAAGUUGGAUAUGCCAUUGGACAGGAACUCGAGAACCAGAACCAAUUGCUGGAGGAACUGGACAGUGAUCUUGACCGCACCCAAGUCAAACUCAAGUUUGCCAAUAAGAAGCUGAACAAGAUCAAGUGAAGCCGUCAAACGUAGAAAAAGUAGUCAUCCCUCCAACAUCUAUGUAUACCCUCCAUGUCUAUCUAUUUAAUACAUCACAUCAGUGUACAUACAGUCUCUUUUUUUUUUUUCGUUAGGCGUUUAUUGCAGGGUUGCGCGAAAGGGAAUUUUGGUUAUCUCCAGAAAAGCUCUUGUUAUGUACAAUGGGA